AUGAAUGGGUAUAUUAUCUACGAUGUGUUUCGUCAGGGUCAAGGGCCCACGAAGAAGUUUCCCCCCGCCCGCACAUGGGGCAUCAUUGUGUUGACAUCUCCAAACGUAAACAACUAUAAAGGGUGGGCGAAGCAAAGAGAUUGCGAAACGCAAAUCAUCAUGAAUUGCCCUGACGAGCUUGAUGUGAAGGCAAUAUGUGCCUGGGAGACGCGCGAUGAGCCCGCCGAGGACCAAAAGAAGUACAGGGUGGCGGUAGAGAGUCACAUGGAAGAAGUUGAACCAAUUCUACGAUAUAUCUUCGACGAGAAAAAAUCCAAGCGCCGAUUUGAAGCGGCCAAGGCCACCGUGAACCAGCUUACCGCUUCGGAUGCCGAGCAUUACAAAGGCAUUAUGGCCAAGAGCUUGUGGCCUGCGAAGAAUCCAUCCCACCAACUUGUAAAAAUUGUCAGAGUAAGAGGAGAAAAAGGUGGUGAGAGAUUUCUCAACGCACCGGUGUGUUAUUUACUCGGACAGGAAACGAUACUAAUACUGGCAGGGGUAAUGGCUGAGACGGAUUUUGUUUUGCUGGCGUUGGAGUCGAAGGAUUCGCUCUUGUCCUCAGUUCUGGAAAAGUAA